AAACCCGCUCCCCCCCUCCCCCCCACCCCCUCCCGCACACAAGCCUGCCUCUGAGAGGGAAAUAGCCAGGUGGAAUCUCACUCUGUUUCCAUGGACAACCCGUCCAUUAUCACCCAGGUGACUAACCCCAAAGAGGAGGAGAUCCUGUCCUGCACUCAGGAUAAAGUGUCCCAAUGUAAUAUCAGCUUGAAGAAGCAGAGGAGUCGAAGUAUCUUUAGCACCUUAUUCUGCUGCUUUCGUGACUACAAUGUCGAGCCACCAUCCACCAACAGCACCAGUGCUCUGCCUCCUUUGGUGGAGGAGAAUGGAGGACUUCAGAAGGGUGACCAGAUGCAGGUCAUGCCUAUACCAAGUGGAAUAUACUAUUUCCACGGGACUGAAGCAGUGCAGCAGUCGUUUCACUACAAGCCACCAGCUAAAUACCUCCUGCCAGAACUGACAGCAUCAGACUAUGGGAAGAAGUGUGUGGUCAUUGAUUUAGAUGAAACUUUAGUGCACAGUUCAUUUAAGCCAAUUAGCAAUGCUGAUUUCAUUGUUCCUGUUGAAAUUGAUGGAACCAUACAUCAGGUUUAUGUAUUGAAACGACCACAUGUGGAUGAGUUUCUUCAGAGGAUGGGAGAGCUCUUUGAAUGUGUACUCUUCACAGCCAGUCUAGCCAAGUAUGCAGACCCAGUGGCCGACUUACUGGAUCGCUGGGGUGUGUUCAGGGCAAGGCUCUUUAGAGAAUCCUGCGUUUUCCACCGAGGGAAUUACGUCAAGGAUCUGAGUCGGCUGGGCCGUGAGCUGAGUAAAGUUAUUAUAGUAGAUAAUUCUCCUGCAUCUUACAUCUUCCAUCCUGAAAAUGCAGUGCCUGUGCAGUCCUGGUUUGAUGACAUGACAGACACAGAGCUGCUAGAUCUUAUUCCUUUCUUUGAAGGACUAAGCAAAGAGGAAGAAGUUUACAGUAUGCUUCAUAAACUCUGCAACAGGUAGCCCUGAACUCUGACUGACUCCUGCUCCUAGAUUGCAGUUGCUAGAGGCUGUCUCCAUCUCUUUCAGCUCUUUCAAAUGUAAGCUUUGGGGAGGUCACCCCUGUCAGAAGUGCUACUCUUGAUCUUCCUGUUACAUUGGACACGAAGGACAAUCAUGAGUGAUGCUAUUAAGCCUUCAGAAGCCUGACUCCUAAGGUCAUGUGUUCAGACUACUUUUUUAAAGGAAAAAAAAAAAAAAGAAGCUAUUUUAAAUGGGACUCUUUUAAUUAAUUUCAUAAAUGGACAUCUUUUACUGGAUCAGCUUUUCUUAAAACAUGCCAAAAAAAGAAGCUUGUAUUUCAGCAGUUGAAUUUCUCUCCCUUUCUUCCCCUCCCACUAUGCAGACAAUUUUACCCCCCUGCUUAGAGCAGUUGACCUGACUCUGAAUUUUUUCUUACAGAAUGAAGUGCCUUUUUGAAUGUUAUUUUAAGAUAAAAAAAAAAUUCAUUUUUGUAUAAGACGUAUUUCCAGACAUCUUUUAGUCUUGUAUUGUCUAAAUGCUUUAAAAGGAAAAAGGAAAAAAAAAAAAUUUAUAGAGCACUGUAAUAUAUAACAAAGGAAAAAGUUGAAACCAAGAUGCUGGGUUCCUGUCUCCACGAUGACAUUAAGAUGUGUCACACUUUGUCCUGCUCAGAAGGUUCAGUUGUUCGUGGGAGGGGUGAGCUGGGGUCACUCACGUGCUUGUUUCACUGAUGAGGAUUUUGGGGCACAGUUUUAAACCAUAUCUGCAGUUGUUUGAGCAUUUAGGGAGUGAUGGAGUUGAGGAAAUGAGGUGGCUGAUAGACCUAAAGCACCUUUGAUUGCUGACAGAUGAAGUUCUGCUGUCUCUGCUUACGCACAACUGCCAUGCCUCUUCUUUUUUGGAAAACCAUUCUCCCGGGAGAGCGGCGAGGAGAUCUAUUUAUUAGUUUCAAAUUCCUUUCUCAAAACAACCCAUCUGGGUAAGCUGGAUCUACAUUGAGCUGUUUGGAGUACUUUUUUCUUUUAAUUGCUGCUACUGUAUACUCACCAAAUGGAGUUGACCAUCGGCUGUUAUACUGUUUUUGCCACUGUGCCUGUGCUAUGAGACAUUUUCUGUAAGCUGCAAACUUGGGCAAUAAAUAAAAUGCAGGAUUCAUACCCCACCCCCAUGGAUUAGUCCAUUGGUAUCUGAUAUACCAAUGAAUCCAGUUUAAGGUGACCUGUAAAGGAUUUUUUUUUUUCAAUUAAGAUGAAGCCCUCUCCUUUCUUUGAUACAUGAAAACGCAGGAAAUAUUUUGCCCACACCUUUGAUUUGUAUUUCUUUUUCCCCAAGGUGUAAGGUGCAGAUUAGGAGCUGUAUCAAGUCUUGGUGGAAGGGCAGAAGUUACUAACCUAGACUAAAAUUGGUCUUCUGGCUUUGGAGUUGAGUUAGACUCAUCUCUGAAUCUGAAAGCCUGCUUAACAUCUUCUGCAGUGCCAUAGGUACCUUUUCAGAUGAAUGAUUUUUAAAUAUUUUAUGUCUUUGAAGAACAAGGCACACCUUUUCUUUCCCUCCCCCUUUCCAGUGUCACCUUCCAGUUAUUGUCCACAGCAGAAAUCUGCUGACAUAAAAAGUGCAGCUGCAUUUGGCUGUCAUCAGAGAAGACUAAAUGGAUUAUUUGGUGCUUCUAAUUAGCCUCGUGCUAAAUUCUGAAUUGUAGACCCCUUUUGCCUUUUUUCCUCAAAAAGUCCUGAUGACUUGGGGGGAAAAAAAAAAAAUCAAUUUAUUUAUUUGGGAUGGACUUUGGAGCUUGUGAUCCUUGUCUCCAAAACGUUGGUGAAGCAGCUUAACAAAUCCAUCUGAGAGGGGCAGGCCAGUCCACACAGGCAGCCAGAGGGUUGUGGUGGGUGCAGUACAAACUGAGCCCCCCUUGCAGUGCAGCUGUGCUCCAGCUGUGCUCCAGCUGGGGCUGGGCCCAGGGGUGCUGGAGGCAGUCCCAUCACACCCCUGAGUCUGUAAGGCAUCAGCCUUUUUGUUUCAUAACCAGCUGGCAUCACCUUAGUACUGUAUCAAUCUGUGCCACAACAAAAAGGACAAAAACUGUCGAGUUUAAAAAUUCAAAAUGAAAGAAAAAGCCUACUUUGUUUAAAAAUAUAACAAAAAAAGAAAAAAAAAAGGACAUAUGGAUUCUGGUUAGUCCAUUAACGUUUACUUUUAGUUUAAGAUGGUUUAAUUUUGUAUUUGACUCCAGAGUAAUGAAACUGUAAGCUGCCAAAAAAAAAAAAAAAAAAAUAAAAAGUUGUUCUCUGAGCAGUAUUUUCAACUGUGCCUGUGGCUCCUGGGCCCCAGUGCAGUUUGCAGGGAAGCAUUCAGGUUGUAGUUAGUCGUGCAGGUAUGAGAGGAAUGGCUGAAGAAAUGCAAAGACUUUUUGUCAUUAGCAUCAGACCAAACAAUCAGAGAGUGAGUGGAGAAGGCAGGAGACAGGGCCUGUGACAGCUGUGGGACGUGGCAGCGGCCACAGCACCCCUGAGCAUCUCUGGAAGCAGCGAUUUCAUGAACCAGUUGCCUUAAGUCUGUGAAUGAAUGUUGAUUAUAUUAUUAAAGUGUCUUGUAUUGUUUUCCAAUCCACAUAGAAUGGGCAACUGAACUUCUGCACCAGCCUCUGGAGGGAUGGUUCUGAUGAUGUUCUGUACAACCUUACUUGUACUGUACUAUUUUGGCUUUUAAAACCCCCAAAUUUCAAAAAACCCCAUUUACUAUAACUAAGUACAGCAUUAAAAUGACACUUGGUGACAAUACAAAGACAAAAAUCUCAGCACAGCUUUGAUCUCUGCUAGUAUUAAGAGUAUUUUCUCUAAGUUCUGAUCAGUUCUAUCUUUUUUAACCCACCCAACUCAGAGUGCUCUGCAAUCAGGUUUGGACUCCCCUGGGUAUUCAGAUUUGGCCAAAGGGAUCGAACUGUCACAGUUGUUUAUUUUAACACUAUCAUCAUACUUGAAAUUUCAAGUGUUGAGUUUGUGUGGAUAUACAUACACUAUAUAUUUAGAGUUUCUAGGUUCUAAAAAAGCAAUAGAGUUCUGUCCAUAAAGUCAGACAACAAGUGGAAUGUUUGUAAAAUUUGCAAUACGGGUACUUGAUUGUAUUUUAAAUACAAGAUUUUAAGAAAAAAAAAAAAUCAAAUAGGAAGAAAAAAAACCCACAACUUGUUUCCUAAAUCUCUUGCAUAUUUUGAAGUGCAGUUACUGCAUGCAGGUCACCAGGGCUGUUCUAAACCCUGGCUUUCAGUUCUAUUUCUGGAUAUGAUAGAAAUAUUAAAAAGUCUUUUCCCAGUUGGUCAUUCUAAAGCGAUGCUGCCUGGCCUGAAGUUCUGUUGCCCUUUUUAUGUUGGGUUAAAAAACGGUUUUUUGCCUGUAUGGGUAUUUUUAAAUUAAGCUGUAAGGCAGAAUGCCUUAGACCCCUGAAAUCCAACGGGAGUGUUAACAAUGAAAUUGCCAUUUGUAACCUUAGGGCUGUGCACACCAGGAAGCGUGGCAGGCUGGGGAUGGGGAGAUGGUGGCAAAUGUACAAUAUUGCUGUGUUCAUUUAGGUAGCUUUGGAAGAAUAAUUUGUCUCUUUGUUUCGCCCUUUUGGUCUUUAUUAAAACAGCAGAAGUUAUACGUGGAAGAAACUCAACAGCUGGAGACGUUUUGGUUGUCAGUGUACGCAAUCACUUUUCUUACAGCAUGAUUUUGAUUAGACUGGUUGGGGACAAUAAAGUAUCUAAAUGACACUGGUGUGUGCUGAUGUUGCAGCUUUUGAAAUUUCAGUGUAUUAAAAAAAAAAAAAAAAAACCAAGAAAAAAGAAUCUGUAGCUCUGUGACUUCCGAAGGCGUAACCCUCUGUUGGACAGAUUGUUUUUAACCUAAUAAACCACAGUUCUGCACAGCCCUAUUUGUAAAACAAAAACAAGUUUGUGCCUCUGAUUCCAAGGUGCUGUGAUGUUUUUUGCCUUUGUGGGGUGAGGAGGGGCAGGUGAGACUGGUGUGGGGCAAUUGCUUCAAAAUCUCUGGGCUAACUAUGCAAAACCAGCUGUCAGUUUUCUGUUUCACAUGAUGUUGUAAAAUCCCAGCUGACUCUCUCUUAUUUCUUGUUAAAGAUCUAUUGGGAGCUCCUCAACAGAGGAGUAAGCAAUGGAAAUGUUUCUUUCUUUCUUUUUUUCCUUUUUUUUUUUUUUCCUUAUGAUGGAGCUGUUUACACUUUGAUGCAAUGAACAAUCCAGCAAUACUUGAGAAACACUACAGAUACCAUAUGAGUGUUUGCAGGAGAGAGGAGUGUUGUCAAUCAGGUAUUGAAUGGUUUCUUUACUGUCACAAAUAAAAAAUUUUAACAAUAUAGUUACUUGUGCAUGUAAUACUUCUCUGGGAAAAAAAAGCAUUUCUGCACUUCUCCUUUAGUAGCAGCAGGGAUUCACUCCUGCUAAUGCACAUCCAUGUCAGAGGGUAAAAUCCAUCUCUGUCCCACCCUCCUCCCCCUCUCCUCUUGCUCAGUCAUGUGCAGGACUCCUCAGUGGCUGCCCUGGCACCUGCUUGUGCAAACAGAGCUGAUGAACUGCUGAUGAACUCUGCUAAAUAAAUUGGUGGCGACUCUUGCAGAUGUUCCAGCUAUUUAGAUCUUUUGGAUGAGAUCAUACAAUAAUUUGUUCAAGUCUCAAAGCUGUGUGACUUCUUUUGAAGGGCUUACUUCAGCUACUUGAAUAGCUGUUCUUAACAUCACUGCCAUAUCCACAUGAAUAUCUGAAUAAAACACUUUAUUUGGUUGAAAAAAUCUAUUUUGGGAUGUUUUAUCUGACACAGUAAGACUUGGGCAGAGCCUUCCUUUCUAGGAAAAGGCACAUAUUAUUGAUGCUUUAUGAGCAGAAAACCUCAGGCCUGUCGAAUUAGCAGCUGCCUCAAGAUAGCACACUAGUUGCAAUUAAAAAUAUUUUUUUGCUAGUCUUAUGAUUGGUUGGAAUGACCUGGCCUGCCUUUACUUUGUGCUGGUUGGUCAGGUUUUUGAUUUUUUCAGGUUUGGUUUGGUUUUGGUUUUAAUUUUACCAAUCUCCUUAGCUGCUACUUAGGAUAAAGAUGCCUUUCUCUUUUUUCUUUCUUUUUUUUUCUUUCCCACUUGGUAAAACAAGUGUUUCAAAAUUCAUAAAAUAGCUCAUUUAUAGUGGUGAGAAGGAUCCUCUUGUUCUGUGCUGACAGAAACCAAGUGUCUGCAGAACUGAAUGCACAAUAGUCCAUACACCUAUAGACUUUUCCAGUGGUUUUUUCCACCCUUUUUGCUCUUUUGACUCAGAAUAAAGCCAACUGCUCUGCAGCUCCCUGCAGGAUGGGAUGGGGCUGUUCCAGGUGGGAUGCAGCCUGCAGCAGCUUUUCUGCCAAGUGACCUAAACCAUCCAGACUUCCCACCAGCAGGAAGGUGAAGUUCUGACUGCUCUGGUUCUGGUUUGGUUCUGCUGGAGCUGCUGCAGUAGGAAUGAAUGAUCUGUGGGUGACCCAUUGCUUGGGACAGGGUGGCACACUCAGCCUGGAAGCUCCCAGGAGUUUUGUUGGGAAGGAGCAGGGAUGGGAGCUGAGUUCAGGGCCAUUUCCAAAGCACAGGACACAGAUCAGUGUGGCUCCUGGGGCAGGGCUGCCUCUGCAGUGCACCCCAGUAUCAAAAGGGAGGUUUGGCUAUGGCUGGAAUUAGACCAAAAUGAGUUUUGCUGUGCUGGUGUCCCCCCAUGGUGCCUCCCACUGCUCUCCUUGGGGAGCAUUGCUCAGCUCUGCAGCCACCUUUUGAUUUAAUGAUGACUCUUGAUUUCAUGAUGAACUUGAUUUCAUGAUGACACUUGAUUUCAUGAUGUCACACCUGGUGGGGAUGGGAAUGGCAGGAAAAUCUGGACACAAGCACAGCACCCCUCAUCCUCCUCUCCUCGGGCUGCACUCCAGCAAGGACAAGGCAAAGAGCUCAGCCAGAAACGUGCCACCCCCUGGAGAACCUCUGUCCCUCCGGAUAAUGAGGGGUGAUCCUUUUGUCCCUGCAAACGUGAUGUCACCACCUCUGAAUUCCCAGCCUGUCAGUAAAUGCUGCAAAAAGCUCGGGGGGGUUGCUGGGGAGUUGCUGGCUUGACAAUGGGUUGUUUUUCUUUGAUUUUAAUGAGCUUUUGUGAUGAAAACCAAAUUUCUUUACAGUGUAACCUUGUAAUUUUUUUUUUCAUGCUUUGAUUCGGUUUGACAAUAAACUAUCUGUGUUAUUUUUUUCA